AUCAUAGAAACAAAAUUAUACUGGGAAAGAUAAAUGUUGAUGAGGAAUGCAACAAUAAAUCUAAUAAUGUUGUUGGGAAUAUAGACAAAACAAACAAUGAUUCAGAUAUUUUAGUCAUGAACAUCUCUGAAACAAAUAAAAGCAGGAUGAUAACCAAACAGUAUUAUGAAAUAGAAAGGUGUUUGCUUGUUAAACUUGUUCUAACAAACUGUUAUACAUCUCUAUUGGAGAAUAACAGUUACUGUGCUCAGUGUGCAGUGUUGUUCCCCACCACUGAAGCGUAUAGUGAACAUUACACGAGCACACACACCGAGACCACUAACUCAACUAAAGCCUCGGUAGCUAUUCUGAAACGUAAAAAAAAUAUUAAAAUUGGUAAUGAUAAGCUAUUUGAGUGUGAAACUUGCAAGAAACCAUUUGAUCGAAUAGGUAAUUUGAACCUUCACAUCAAGAUAGUCCACAAGGGCAUAAAAAACUUCACAUGUGUAAUAUGCGAGAAAAAGUUUGGUUUGAAAAGCAGUUUGGCCAGUCACAUGUUGGUUCAUACUGGUGAAAAGCCAUUCGAGUGUAUGACUUGUAAGAAGAGAUUUCGGUUUAGACACCAUUUGAAAUCGCACAUGAUGAUUCACACUGGUGAAAUGCCAUUUGAAUGUGAAAUCUGCAAUAAAAAAUUUCGACUACUUGUCAAUCUGGGUCACCACAAGUUAAUCCACACAGGUGAAAAACCAUACGAGUGCAUGACUUGUAAUAAGAGAUUCCGGUUACCACACGGUUUGAAAACGCACAUGUUAAUUCACACUGGUGAAAGACCAUUUGAAUGCGAAAUCUGCAAGAAAAGAUUUAGUCAAUCAGGCAGAUUGAAGGUUCACAAAUUAAUUCACACUGGCGAAAAGCCAUGGGAGUGUAAAACUUGCAACAAAAGAUUUCGUGAAUUAGGUGAUUUGAACAAACACAAGUUGAUUCACAGUGAAGAAAAACCAUUAGAGUGUGUAAUUUGUAAGAAAAGGUUUAAGCAUAUACGCCAGUUGAAAAUGCAUAUUACAUACACUCACUCGGGUGAUGAUGAGAAACCAUUUGAAUGUGAAAUCUGCAAGAAAAGGUUCAUAAUGAAAUGCUAUUUGUCAAGCCACAUCAAAAGUCAUACUGAUUUAAGGUCAUUUGAAUGUGAGUAUUGCAAUAAACGAUUCAAGAAUCCCAGCACUAGAAACAAACACAUAUUAAUUCAUACUGGUGAAAAGUCAUUCGAAUGUGAAACUUGCAAGAAAACAUUUCUUACAUCGAGCGGAUUGAAGAGACACAAGUUAGUUCACACCAGUUAUAAACCAUUCGAGUGUGAUAGUUGCAAUAAAAAAAUUAAAACCAAAACUCAUUUGAUUCGACAUAUGAGAGUACACACUGGGGAAAGACCAUUCGAGUGUGAUACAUGCAAGAAAAGAUUUUUGGAGAAAAGUAAUUUGGUCUUACAUCAAAAGUUAAUCCAUUUUGGUGAAAAACGGUUCGAGUGCUAUAAUUGCAGUGAAAAAUUUAGUAGAAAAAUUCAAUUGAUUCGUCACAUGACAGUACAUACUGGGAAAAUUUAAUAAGUAAUUAUCAUAAAAUAUUUUGUGAAUAGUUUAAUUAUGAAUAAGCUAAUGUUUCCACCGCAAAUGGUCGUUUUUUACAUUAACUUCUACAUUCUACAGUCGUCGAAAUAUAAUAGGCCCGUUUGGACAGCUAUAUAAAUUUGCUAUUUACUCUUGAUUUACUUGAUAAAAUACAUAAAAAGACACAUAAUAUGGCUUAUUAUUCAACGGCAGA